AAAAUAUUUGUAACUAUUCAGUAACAAAGGAUUUUAAGGGAAGAAGAAACACCAACAAACGAAUCGUACCUAACUCCAUUCUCGAGAUUUGGGAAAGAUGGACGACAGUGGAGAUUUAUACUCCGGUGGAAUCUUAGCCUUGAGCAACCUACUACGUGCCAUUUCUAGUAGAGACCUGUCCCAUUCGGAUUUCCAUUUUGUUGUGGUGAGUACGGAGAAGAUAUCAUCUGCAAAUCAAACAGAACAGAAUGAAGGCACCAAAGACGAUCCUAUAAGCGACACUGAGAUGAUGAUCCAAAAUGAAGUUGUGGAACCUGAAGAAAUCCUCCCAGAACAAUCACAAAGAGUGGUAACAGAUAACACAGAUAAGAUGUUUACUGAUAGUGAAUUUCCCGAUGAUUCGGGCGAUUAUUCGACAAUCGAAAAUGAUCAUCCCACUGACGUAAACAUGGAAAGUUCUUCCACCGAAAUAACAAUGAAAAUUCGCAUAUAAGAGAGGGAAUCACAGAUUGGUUCUUUCGCUUCUUUAAUUAAUUUUCCAUCCCUCGAAUGGUUACAUCACUGAUCAGAAAAAGAAAACGUGAUUUUGAUGAAGAAGAAAAUGAAAAUCCUCUUACAUUUGAAAAUGAAAAUCCUCUUACAAUGAAAAAACAUUUUUAC